GGCAGUCAGCAGUCAGAGAAGCUGCAGCAAGGAGUUUCUGCCACUUCAUCCAGAUGUGUCCCCAGGGGAGUUCUCAAACUCCAUCCUCUUGGAACAGUCUGACUGCAUCUGUCGUCACCUGACAGCCAACGGAUCUGGCCUCUGUGCUUCAGUUUUCCUGAUUGAUAUCACCCCUUUCUUAUGUCUCAACAUCAGAAAGUUUUCUGAGGUCAUUUACCACGAGGACACAUUUAAGAACCAAACCCAGAGACUCUUUCUAGGUCUUUACCUUGCUGAUGGCAGCAAUAUUAGACUUGAUAUCCAGACACCAGACACUGCAGAAAGAAUUUUAAAGGUUACAUUGUGCAAGAUGGGGCUGCCAAGAGAGUUAAUAAAAUAUUUUAGCUUAUUUUUCUUUCAAGACCAUGAUGAUGGAGUGCUCUCUGGUAAUGGUGAAAAAGUGGCAGACUUUGAACUUCCAUAUGUGAGUCUUCAGAGCAUGAAAGAGUUGCACUGUAGGCUUGGAAUCAGAACGUGGUAUAUGGAUCUUUCUCUUGAUACACUUGUAGAUUGUAGAGCUUCACUGAAUUUGCUAUACAUGCAGGCAAUCCAGGAAGUUAAGAGGAAUUGGGUUAAACCAACAGAAGGGCAGAUGCAGGAACUUAAAUUUCUACCAAAAAAUACAAACAAAGCAAAGUUGCUGGAGCUGAUUCGAGAAAUGCAGUUCUAUGGAUAUGUACGGCUUGGUCCUUGCGUUUGUGACUAUCCAGAAGGCUGCUCAGCUGACAUCUGUGUUGGCAAUAAUGAGAUUAACUGCCACCUAAAACUGCCUGCUAACCAAACCAAAGAGGUCAGCUUUGAAAUCAACAGGUUAAGAAACUGGCAGGUUACUUUUCUUGUAAUGAAGAAGACACUGGAGCUCAGAUUUGAGUACAAUGAUUCAGGCACGUGGCAGUGGAUGACUUUGUACCGAAAACAGGCCUUUUUGCUAAGUAGCUGCUUGAAGAAAAUGAUACCAGAACAGAUGAAGGUAGCCAAGGAAGGCCAAGAAAUGGAGAUCAAGAUGCCUGAAUCCUCCCAAAACAGUUAGAAAUCCAGCGUCCAACAAAAGCAGGUAGUUCAUUCGGGUUUUAUAUCAAGGAAAAGAUUUUUGGUUAGGCCAAAUGAAGAGGACUCUGUACUUGAACAAAUAAGAGGACCU